GCUGGUCUGCGCAGCUUCCGGUUUCGAUCUAACUCGUUCCUCUGUAUCCGGAUCGGAACCGGGACGCUCCAGAACCGGAUCGCAGCAGAUGACCGCAGGCAGCCAAUCAGAGAGCGGCGGCGGCAGUGAUGUCGUGGGUGGCGCAGCGCUACAGUGACAUCAGCCCGGUGACUCUGCAGGUGAUGGGCGGAGCCAUGAGCUCCAGCCUGUACUGCCAGCAGGUGGAGGGUCUGUCGCAGGUGGAGUCCUUCCUGGUGGAGCUCUACCGCUGCAAGGUGUGUCAGUUCACCUGUGGCCUGAAGGCGGCCAUCGGCAGCCACCUUCUGCUGCGCCACCACCCCGCCGCCCUGACCUGCCUGACCGGACCCGACGGUCAGCAGGUGAGCCAGGAGGAGGCGGAGCCAGAGUCGCCCUACCGGCUGAGUCUGGACGGAGAGUCCAAGCACAGCAACGAAGACGAGGACUUCCUGCUCUACGACAUGCUGGGCGGCAUGAGCCCGCCCACCUGUGACAUCAGCACAGAGGAGGGGCUUCAGGUGGCACACACCUGUGAGGUCAGCACUCUGUUUGAGGGGUCCUCCAUGUUCCCCCUGAAGGGGGCGCCAGUGGAGCUGUCCUGUCCCGCCACGCCUCCCUCCACCCUGGAGCAGACGGACCAGUCCGCCCAGUCCGCCCACCUCAUGACCCUGGGACUCUGUCGCAUCUCCUCCGUCAGACCUCCGCCCGCCGACGGCCGAGACCAGAGGGCAGGCGAGGCUCCGCCCCCAGGCCGGUUGCCGUGUCCCCUCUGUCCCUGACGCUCCCGUCAGAACGCCUGCUGGACGUCCACGUCCGGUCGCACCGAGCCGCCGGCGGCUUCGGCUGCAGCCGCUGCGGCCGAACU